GCAGUCAUCGCGCUCAGCUGUUGCAACGAUAACCCGCUGCAGCAGCAAAACAAAGGAAAAAAAGUUAACACAAUUAAACAUAGUAAAUUAUCUUUAAUAACAAAGUGAGUCACGGGAAAAAAAGCUUUCCGGCCAGAAUGGCAGAUACCCGCAAAGACGCUGCACCGCCGAGCUACGACGAAGUCAUGAACAGUCCCUCCCAGGAUUCCCGGUUGAUAGUGGGCGUCCACCAGGGAGCACCCAGUGCCCCGCCCCCCAACAUGCACGCCCCAUCCUAUGGAGCUUUCGAGACGACGCCGGUCAACGUGGUGAUUCAACCCACUCCGGUGGCCAUGCCCACGGAGAUCAUCGUGAUCGGCGGAUGUCCAGCCUGUCGCAUUGGCUACCUGGAGGACACCUUCUCCUGCUGCGGCCUGUGCUGCGCCAUCUUCUUCUUCCCCCUGGGAAUCCUCUGCUGCCUGGCCAUGAAGGAGAAGCGCUGCACCAACUGUGGAACGGUUUUUUAGAGGGGAUUCCCUUGGUCUUCUACAGGGAAUUCCCCUUAAAAAUCACCUACAAAUACACCUCCCCUUUCUUUCCUUUCGGGAUUUCGGCACCAGUGACUAUUCCUUGUUAUGACUGUUUUUUCCCAGAUAUCACAAAGCUCCAAUACUUUUAUUAUUGUUAAUCGUUAGCUCACAAUUCAUUAAAUAUUAUGUGUAAAUAUUA